GUGUGGUUUCUUUAUAACGUGACGUCGCCGUCUACUGGUCUGGCAUGCGCACGACAGCUUUUUUCAGGGCGAUGGCCGCUGAUCGUAUCUGUUAGCGUUAGCGCUUUUAACGUCAACACUCAAAACGGAAGACGAGCUCAGUCAGCCUCGCGACGACUUGGUAGACUUUCAUCGAAGGUUUUUAUAAAUUGUGGCUUUGAAGAGUUUCUCAAAGUUUUUUUUUGCUGGGCCUACGUCAAGUUUUGCGGGGGUGGCAGCGUACGAGCUAGCUUUCGGACGCAUACAAUCCGACCGAGCGAGGGAGUGCACAUGGCUCUGAAAAUAUAAGAUCGGAUGCGUUCCUACUUCACGCGGUGGGAGCGGGUACGAUUCCGAGGAACGCCGACAACGCGGAUGGCAGCUGCUGCUCGCGGGACGCGGCGGCGCUCGUCGGGCCCAAGUCUGCUUCCACGCGGCUCCGUGGAGGCCGUGGUGGAGUUCGACUAUGAGGCCCAGCAGGACGACGAGUUGAGCCUGAACGUGGGCGACGUCAUCGUGAACAUCCGGCGAGACGACGGAGGAUGGUGGGAGGGCGAGCUGGGGGGCCGCCGGGGGCUCUUCCCCGACAACUUUGUGCGGGAGAUCAAGAAAGAGGGCAAGCGAGACGGCGGACAAGCCGGCGCCGCCGUCAAAGCGGACCUGUCCAACGGUCGGGCCAGUCCCGUGUCCGAGCCCGGCGCCGCCGGGGCGGCCAAGAAAGGGGAGCAAAUCCGUAAGCGUCGGUGCAAAGCGGCCUUCAGCUACGUCCCCCAGCACGAAGACGAACUGGAACUGAAAAUCGGCGACAUCAUCGAAAUCUUAGCGGAGGUGGAGGAGGGAUGGUGGGAGGGCGUCCUGAACGGCAAAAGCGGGAUGUUCCCCUCCAACUUCACCAAAGAGAUCCUCCUGGAAGCCGACGGGCCCUCCGCCGACACGCCCGCCUCGCAGGAGGAGCACCGCGGCGGCCGCAACAGUAAGAACAGCCCGGUGAGCGAAAGCGACGGAGGGGACUGUCGGGCCGACGCGGGUUCCGGGGAAAUCCAGCCCAAAAAGGUGAAGGGCUUCGGCUUCGGCGACAUCUUCAAAGAUCAGCCCAUCAGGCUGCGGCCGUGCUCCGCCGACGGCGACUCGGACGGCGACAAGGUCGCCGAGUGGAAGACGGCGGCGGCGGCGAACCCGGCGGCGCCCGACAACAUGAAGAGCGACCCCGACGGCAGAGGAAAAGGACGGGAGCUGUGCAAAGUCCUCUUUCCUUACGAGGCUCAGAACGAGGAUGAGCUGACCAUCAAAGAGGGCGAAAUCAUCGCCAUCAUCACCAAGGAGUGCGCCGACACGGGCUGGUGGAUGGGCGAGGUCGGCGGCAGGCAGGGCGUCUUCCCGGACAACUUCGUCAAGCUGCUGGAAGCCGAGAAAGAGAGACCAAAGAAGCCGCCUCCCCCCAGCGCGUUGGCGACCAAGCACGCCGCGCCAGAGAAAAAGUCGGACGUCAAGAAGGUUCCCCCGGAGCGGCCCGAGCACCUGCCGCACAGAGACCAGGACCGAGGCGACGAGGUGGUCAAGCCUUCCCUCCCGACUGUCCUCCCCAAAAAACCUUUCCCCCCAAAGACGCCCCCUCCCUCCUCGGCUAGCCAGCAACCCCCGAGGCGCCCCGAGAGACCGCCGGCCCUGGCGUGCGAAAGCCCCAAGUCCGACGGUGGGGCUUCGACACCCGAAUCCGGUCCCGACAGGUCUCACGCCACCGAUCUGGACCUGGACGCGGUGGUCCCGUCGGCGGAGAAGCUCAGUCACCCGACGGCGUCGCGGCCCAGGGUCACGGACCGCCGGCCUCGCUCGCAGAUCAUCACAGCUUCCUCGGUGACCAUCGGCGAUGCGGAGUGCCCGGCGCCGGAGCGAGCCAAGGAGGACCCGGAACCGGUCCAGUCCAGACCUGCGGAGGUUUCGGCAAGAAAGGGACUUUCAGUCGUUUCGCCCCCCGAGAGCAAAUCCCAGUCCGCCGCCAAGUCGCCCUCGUCUCUGAACCUGCCCGGGGGCCCCGGGCAUCGGCCCGCCUCGCCUUCCUCCCCGUCGGCGAGCGCCAGCCCCUCACCGGAGCUGCGGCAGUCGCCGUCGGCGGCGGCGGCGCCAACGCUGGAGGAGCUUCGGCGGCAGCUGCGAGAGCUCCGCGGCGCCGUGGAGCUGCUGAAGAGUCAGCACAGGCAGGAGAUGAAGCAGCUGGCCGGCACGCUGGACGAGGAGAAGAAGAUCCGGCUCAGUUUACAGAUGGAAGUGGAGCACAUCAAGAAGAUCCUGUCCAAAUGAGCCGGGGGCCGAGACUACGUUUGUGCCAAACGAUCGUGACGAUCGCCAUCAGCAGCGAGCUUGGUGGACUCAAAACUAUACGUGCCCCCAAGCCCCCCCCCACCCCUAGCAGCCCACCAUGAUGUCGCCUUACCUCGUGUUGACUUCUCUCUCUCUCUCUCUCUCUCUCUCCUCUCUCUCUCUCUCUUUCUCUCUUUUCUGUUCUGUUCAUUUCUCACCAGCCGUUCUCUCUCCCGCCGUGUCGCUCAGAGGUACUCGCGUGAACUACUUGAGUGGCGAAGGCCCGUCGGAACCCCCGCGGGCCGGUCGGUUCGCUUGCGCCGUCGCGCGUCCACGCCGUGGCCUUCCCGCCUCUUUACUUUGCCGUGCGCGCGCGACACGGGCGCAUUUUUACGUGCUUCGAGGAGGAUUGAUGUUUGUUUUAUUUAGCAUUUAUGCAUCGCUAAUGCUAAUUGGCCCAGAUUAUUAUUAUUAUUAUUUUUUUUUUUUAAUCCCGCCACUAUACCGUCUGAUAAUUUUCAGAUGAGGGAAUUUUUGUGAGUUUUAUCUGAGCAACAGAGGUGAACACAAGCGGAGGGCUCGAGUCACACAACUUGACUCGAGUCUGACUUGCGUUUUUGGACUUGUUUGGCUUUGGACUUCAGCCUGGUAGACACAGGAGGAUUUUAUUUUUUUAAAAGGUUUUGCAGCUGUUGAAGAUUCCACACAUGAAGCUAAAAAAAGAAAUUAAGUUCAGUAUGAGUGGUCUUGUGUGUGGUGCACUCCGAUUAUGUUAACACACAAAACCACGCGCAUAAAGAUUCUGCGCUCCACCAGUGAUCCAGAAUCUCGUCCUCCAAGACAGAAGUCUUGCGCGAUCUAAAAAAAAAAAAAAAAAAAUGGGAACACAGCCGGGUACGUUUCCCGAGUGUUGCCGACGGUGCCUGAGGCGCAAGUGUUGGAGAUUGCCGACGUCGUCGGUAAAGACCGAAGCCGGUUUUGUAAAAAGUACGACUCGACUCGACGUGAUUCGACUCCUUGGCUCUUUGCCACAAUAAGUGGUGCUAGCUUGAAACUUGACGGCCGAGACUCGCUCGUGACUAACUUCCAACUUUGAUGGUUAUCUUAGAGCCGUCGAGGCAAAUUCAAACGGGAUUGGCUGUUCGGAGACGUGACCGCCAUUGAAACUGUGGGUUAGGGCGCCCCCCCGCAGGCACAAACGCGACAGGACAGGCGAGCUCCUCACCAAACCCACGACACAAAACAAAAAAAAAAACUGUAGCUUGAUUGCAAAAUUGCGCUCGUGCUGUCCACGUGGUUAUUUUUGUCGUUUAUUUGAAAAUCACGUGGACUUUUUGGACCUCACCGGAGACGCAGGUUUUAGCCGGAAGCGACGUUAGCGACAGGGUAGAAGGAAUGCGGACCGCGAGGCGCGUGUGUGUUGGCUUCCUCCUCCGUACGACGUGUAUGUGCACACAAUCUAUGGCAACGCAUCACUGUGGCCUUCCUCUUUUCACGUUUUCUUUCUGGCACUCAACAAACGAGAGAAGGAAACGGAGGCUGCCAAAACGGUUUCCUCUUUUUCUCCAGGAUGGUGACGACAAAUAAGAUAUAAAUAUAUUCUUUUAUAUUUCUGUGGAAUAAAGAUGCUAUUAUGUACCGUA